CUCAGUUGCCUGCACUUAACUGUCGCAGUACUCCGUAUCAACAUUCCUUUUUGUUCGGCAGCCAGCGGAGGCGUUCUGGGACCAAUCGGCAUGUGAACACUCGGGCUUCAUAACCACGGACCGGCUUGAUUCGUCGUCAGUUUACCCAGAAUAAUUAGUUAACUAUCGACGUCACGGCAGGACGAACCGGGCGGAUGCUGAGUUUAGUCAGGGAAGACAGACGAGUCCUUUUGUUGUCCGCUGUUGCUUGUUCCUGCUGGUUCGAGCCACUCUUCAUAAGGCUGUUAUUACCUUCUUGCCUUUUAACUUUUCCUUUUGCCUCCGGGCCUACCAUGUUUCUUUUGUUAUAAGACCAGGCCCAUCCCUUCCUACCAAACCUUCCCCCAUACCCCCCCCUUCGCCUCGUCUCGUCUCCUCUCGACUGCGUUUCGAGAAACGAGAGGUCAUUGAAUAUUUCACGGAGAGCCUCUGUCUCUGUUGAUAAUGCGUUUGAUUCCGUUUAUCCCGUACCCACCCGCAAAGGAUGGGUUUUGGGAACCUGUUACCUCGACCUUGAACUGGUGCGAAGAGGACUACUAUGCGACUAAAUAUGCCGCUGAGAUCAUCAAUACUCUGACGAACCUCUUGUUUAUGCUCCUCGGAGUCCAAGGCAUCCUCAGCUGCCGACGUCACGGACAUGAUUCGAUUUUCCAGAUCGCUUAUUAUGGCUAUCUCUUGGUCGGUACAGGCAGUUUUCUGUUCCACUCAACCCUUAAAUAUCCUAUGCAGCUUGUGGAUGAACUGUCCAUGAUUUACACCACAUGCUUGAUGUGCUACGCCUCGUUUUCCUACUCGAAACCGACAGCCUAUAGAAUCUUUUUGGGUGCCUUCCUUGCCGGCUUGGCGAUAUUCAUCACCCUCUACUACCACUACCUUCAAGAUCCUCUGUUCCACCAGAAUGCGUACGCACUUUUGACCACUGUUGUGGUUCUACGGAGUAUGUAUACUAUGGAAGUGACACUUCGCCCGUCUUUGCGACACACCACAGAGGAAGACAGACUCGCACGCCAAAAGCAGGGUCUCCCUGUUCUUUCCAAGGAGCAACAGCAAUACGAGAAUGCCCGUGAUCUAAAGAACCUGAACUUGAUGUGGUUCAUGGUUGCUUACGGACUGGGUAUGUUUUUGGGGGGAUUUGGUAUUUGGAAUCUUGACAAUCACUUCUGUACCAAGAUCCGCGGAUGGCGCCGGGAAGUGGGUCUGCCUUGGGGUAUCUUUCUUGAGGGCCAUGGCUGGUGGCAUCUGAUGACGGGAAUUGGCGCGUAUCUGUAUAUUGUUUGGGGUAUUUGGCUGCGCCAUUGCUUGAAUAAGCGACAAGAGGAAUAUCAUCUCUGGUGGCCGCAUAUCUGGAACAUCCCCGAAGUUAUUCGCACCUCAUCUACAAUGAAUGGUUCCGCUAAGAAAUCGAAUUAAACUGGGACGCUUGCGUUCAUUUUUCAAUGAUGCUUUUGAGAAGCAGAGAAUUUUUUUUUUGGCGUUGUUCGUGUCCUGCAUACUUCGCGUGUACGGUUUGUUUUGGGUGAAUGAAAAUUGCUCAUAGACUCUUAUUCCGAUCUGGGAUGGUCAGACUUUGAUAUCAUUUAUAGAACUGCAAGUUGAGAA